AUGAAGCGGCCAGGGCGCACCGCUCUGUUGGCGGCAUUGCUGCUUCUCUUAGUCCAGCUGUGCCCGGGCAGCGGCGGCCGGGGGACUCUGGAGGCGGCGUCCCCCCGGGACGAGGGUCUGGACCGGAGUUUGCGGUGGAGUCCUAGGAACCAGGCCGGAGGAGCCCGUGCUCUCCUCCUCCUCCUGACUGAGCGUUUCCCGCGUUUGGUCUCUGGGACAGGGGCCCUGUCCUCGCCCCUGGGCUAUGGGUCCAAGCCCAAACGGGACGAACCUUCUCUCUCCAUCGACCUGACCUUCCAUCUGCUGCGGACCCUGCUGGAGCUGGCACGGACGCAGAGCCAGAGGGAGCGCGCCGAGCAGAACCGGCUCAUCUUCGACUCGGUGGGCAAGUGA